UAUGUAAGGCCUGUGCAAGGCUUGAGUGAUGGAUCAAAUCUCAUCACCCACCAGAGGACUCAAACAAAGGAGAAGACCCAUGUUUGGCAGGGAGUGUGGCUGAGGUUUCAGUCAGAAGUGAAAACUCGUCCGCCACCAGAGGGGACACUCUAGGGGGAAUUCCUAUUUCCAGGGAGUGUGAGCAAGUGUUCAGUAUGCUUUCAAAUCUCAUCAAACACCAGAGUAAACACAAAGGGGAGAAACCCUAUGUUCCCAAUGAGUGUGGAGAAAGCUUCAGUGAGGGGUCAGCUCUUAUCUCGCACAAGAGGACACGCACAGGGGAAAAGCCCUAUGUUUGCAGUGAGUGUGGGCAAGACUUCAGUGAGCUGUCAGGUCUCAUCAGACAUCAGAGGAGACACACAGGGGAGAAGCCCUAUAUUUGCAGUGAAUGUGGGCAAGGCUUUACAGUGAGUUCAGCUCUGAAGGCACACCAGAGGACACACUCAGGGGAGAAGCCCUAUAUUUGCAGGGAGUGUGGGCGAGGCUUCAGUCAGGUAUCAAAUCUCAUCAUGCACCAGAGGACACACACAGGGGAGAAGCCUUAUGUUUGCAGGGAGUGUGGGCGAGGCUUCACUCAGGCAUCUACUCUCAUCACACACCUGAGGACACACACAGGGGAAAAGCCAUAUGUUUGCAGUGAAUGUGGGCGAGGGUUCAGUCGGAAGUCAAAUCUCACCACACACCUGAGGACACACACAGGGGAGAAGCCCUUUGUUUGCAGGGUAUGUGGGCGAGGCUUCAUUGACAGCUCAUCUCUCAAAGUACACCAGAGGAGACACAUAGGGGAGAACCCCUAUGUUUGCAUUGAGUGUGGACGAAGUUUCAGUAAGGGGUCGCAACUCAUUUCACACAAGAGGACACACACAGGAGAAAAGCCCUAUGUUUGUAGUGAUUGUGGGCGAGCCUUCAGUCAGAAGUCACAUCUCAUCAACCACCAGAGGACACACACAGGGGAGAAGCCCUAUGUUUGCAGUGAUUGUGGGCGAGGCUUUAGUGAGCUGUCAAGUCUCAUUGUACACCAGAGGAUACACACAGGGGAGAAACCUUAUAUUUGCAGUCAAUGUGGGCGAGGCUUCAGUCGGACAUCACAUCUCAUCAACCACCAGAGGACACACACAGGGGAGAAGCCCUAUAUUUGCAGUGAGUGUGGACGAAGCUUCAGUCAGGGGUCACAUCUCAGCUCACAUAAGAGGACACACACAAGGGAGAAGCCCUAUGUUUGCAGGGAAUGUGGGCAAGGCUUUACAGUGAGUUCAGCUCUGAAGACACAUCAGAGGACACACUCAGUCACUUGGACUCGACAACUGCUGAUGAAAGGGCAUUGCCAGCUUUCUAGGAAUCAUAGUUCAUUAAAUGAGGGUGACCAAGACUGUAGAAUAACAGACCUAUUCACAACCUUGGUGAAGUGA